GCAGCAGAAGAAGCCGCCAGCCGGCCGCGGCACCCCCGGCGCGGCCCCACAGCGGCCAGGAGCGAGCCGUGACCGGAGGAGCAGCCCGGCGGUGGCCGCCGCCGGCAGCAGCCCGGCUCCCCCGGCCCACGGGGGCGCCGCCGAGCCCCCAGUCCCGCUGCUGCCGUUGCUGCCGGCGGCGCCCCAGCCCGGGGGGCCCGCGGCGGGACUUCUUGAAGCCAACUCUAGCAAAGAGAAAGAGUUCUGUUUCUGCCAGGCAGACCCAGUCUCCAGUGCUGGUACCCCUGAUGGCAGUUUGUACAACCCUGUGAAACCUGCCAAGCUGGACGCCACAGCUUUGCACGACCGCACUUUGGCCGCCACUGUGCCUCCUUCGGAGCUGUCGAAUCAUGCAGUCCUAGCCUGUGACACAGGCAUUCACGAAGAGCACUAUGUAAGCGAAGCAGUGGAAGAUGAUGUGCCAGACUGCAGAGAGUACAGAGAUGCCUGCACCAUUACUGAUGUGUGCAAUAGUACCAACCUUCCUGAAGUUGAAAUCAUCAGUCUACUGGAAGAGCAGCUGCCGCAUUAUAAGCUAAGAGCAGAUACAAUCUAUGGUUAUGACCACGACGACUGGCUUCAUACACCUCUCAUUUCCCCUGAUGUGAAUAUUGACUUAACAACUGAGCAAAUAGAAGAGACCUUGAAAUACUUCCUUUUAUGUGCUGAAAGAGUGGGCCAGAUGACUAAAACGUACAAUGACAUAGAUGCUGUUACACGUCUUCUUGAAGAGAAAGAACGGGACUUAGAAUUAGCUGCUCGGAUUGGCCAGUCACUGCUAAAGAAGAAUAAAUCACUGACAGAAAGAAAUGAAUUCCUGGAGGAGCAAGUAGAACACAUCAGGGAAGAGGUUUCUCAGUUGCGGCAUGAGCUCUCCAUGAAAGAUGAGCUGCUCCAGUUCUAUACCAGUGCUGCUGAAGAAAGUGAGCCUGAAUCCGUCUGUUCCACCCCGCUGAAGAGAAAUGAAUCUUCUUCCUCCGUCCAGAACUAUUUUCAUGGAUUCUCUUCAAAAGAACUCAAGGACCUGGAAGAGGAGAAUGUUGUGCUUAGAUCUGAGGCCUGUCAGCUGAAGACUGAAACAAUUACUUAUGAAGAGAAAGAACAACAGCUUGUCAAUGACUGUGUAAAAGAGCUAAGGGAUGCAAACAUCCAGAUUGCCAAUAUCUCUGAAGAGUUAGCAAAGAAAACCGAAGAUGCUGCCCGGCAACAGGAAGAAAUCACCCAUCUUCUCUCUCAGAUAGUUGAUCUGCAGAAAAAGGCAAAAGCUUGUGCAGUUGAAAAUGAAGAACUGGUCCAGCAUUUGGGAGCAGCUAAAGAUGCCCAGAGGCAGCUCACAGCAGAGUUGCGGGAGCUGGAAGACAAGUAUGCAGAGUGCAUGGAAAUGCUUCAUGAGGCGCAAGAAGAGCUGAAAAACCUUAGGAACAAGACUAUGCCAAAUGCGAUAUCACGUCGGUACCACUCUCUUGGUCUCUUCCCUAUGGAUUCUUUGGCAGCAGAGAUAGAAGGAUCAAUGAGGAAAGAACUGCAUUUGGAUGAACCUGACUCUUCUGACUUGGCUCAUCAGAAGCGGGUCUUCGAGACGGUGAGAAAUGUUAACCAAGUUGUCAAGCAGAGAUCCAUGACUCCGUCACCAAUGAAUAUCCCAGGCUCUAACCAGUCCUCUGCUAUGAACUCACUCAUUUCUAGCUGUGUCAGCACUCCACGUUCCAGUGUCUAUGGGGGAGACAUCUCUAACAUUAUGAUUGACAACAAGACCAAUAGUAUCAUCUUAGAGACAGAAUCCUCUGACAGUGGAAAUGAAGACAGGAUGAAGAAGCCUGGAACUCCAGGGACUCCAGGCUCCAGUGACCUAGAAACUGCCCUUCGUAGGCUGUCCCUUAGGCGGGAGAAUUACCUCUCGGAGCGGAAGUUCUUUGAAGAAGAGCAGGAAAGGAAGUUGCGGGAACUGGCAGAAAAGGGUGAACUCCAUAGUGGUUCUGUUACCCCCACAGAGAGCAUCAUGUCACUGGGAACUCACUCCAGAUUUUCAGAGUUCACUGGAUAUUCAGGAAUGUCAAUCAGCAGUCGCUCCUACCUACCGGAAAAGCUUCAGAUUGUGAAACCACUAGAAGGUUCUGCCACUUUGCACCACUGGCAGCAGCUGGCUCAGCCCCACCUGGGUGGGAUCCUGGACCCGAGGCCUGGGGUUGUCACUAAGGGCUUCAGGACACUGGACCUGGACCUGGAUGAAGUGUACUGCCUUAAUGACUUUGAGGAAGAUGAGACAGGUGACAUUUCUUACAAGGGCCUAACUACCUCGACGCCAGUUCAGCACACAGAGACCUCAGGUGAGAGGUCACAAGCACAAGUGACUGUUUCAGACAACAAGAAUAACCCCCGCCAAUCUCAGGCUUUCACAGAGGAGAUGCAGGAGUCCGCGACUGACGAUGAUGAGGGGUCUGUACCUCAUCCUGGGAAGUGCAUGUCACAAACCAACUCCACCUUCACCUUCACCACCUGCCGCAUUCUGCACCCUUCCGAUGAACUCACACGAGUAACACCAAGCCUUAACGCAGCACCUACUCCAGCUUGUGGCAGCAUUGGCAAUUUGAAAGGCACCCCGGUGGCUACUCCUUGUACUCCUCGGCGUCUGAGUUUGGCUGAAUCCUUCACUAACCUCCGGGAAUCCACGACGACGAUGAGCACGUCUCUGGGGCUGGUGUGGCUUCUGAAGGAAAGGGGCAUCUCGGCAGCGGUGUACAAUCCACAGAGCUGGGACAGAGCGGGCAAAGGCACCCUCCUGAACACAUACUCCCCUAAAAUGGCGAUCAUUCCUUCCACUCCACCAAACUCACCUAUGCAGACACCUUCUUCUUCCCCUCCAUCUUUUGAGUUCAAAUGCACCAGCCCACCAUAUGACAACUUCUUGGCUUCAAAGCCUGCUAGUUCGAUCUUGAAGGAGGUGAGGAAUAAAAAGAACAUCAGGAACAGUGAGAGUCAGACUGACGUGUCUGUUUCCAACCUUAAUCUCGUGGACAAAGUCAAGAGGUUUGGUAUUGCCAAAGUUGUGAGUUCAGGGCAAACGUCAGCUCCUCCAUUAACUGAUGACCAGGGACCUCUUCUCUGUGGGGCACAAGGACCAGUGAGGGCCCUUGUUCCUGGAGGCCUGGCACCAGAAAGUCUCCCAUUGGGCUGCCCGGCUGUGACCAGUGCCAUUGGAGGCAUCCAGCUGAACACUGGCAUCCGAAGGAAUAGGAGCUUCCCCACCAUGGUGGGUUCCAGCAUGCAGAUGAAAGGCCCAACAUCUCUCACUUCGGGGAUCCUCAUGGGAACCAAGCUCCCAAAGCAAGCUAGCUUACGAUGAAGGACUUUAUUUUUACAGCUAGUCUUUUUAAAUAAAAGUAUUCAUAUUCUUUCUCUGAUCCCCUUUCUCUUUCCCCACCACCCCUUCAUUGCCUCUUGAGUUUGACAAAUCAACUUCGUGCCUAAUGGGAGAAAUAUGUAAACUUUGUAUAAAAUGUGUAAAUAUGUACCAGAUCUAUUGUAACUAAUUGGAUUAUUUUACUGUUCAAUUGAGUGCAAAAGGCUCUAUGUUAUGAUUGCUGUAUUAAGGUUAACUUGGUAACCUUUUGAAAAGGUUGUUUUUUAAGAUGCACUGAAAAAAAAAGAACAAAACCAACAAAAAAUAACUUGACUAGGAAAACAUGAUGUAGCUAAGCCUAACCUGAGUUGAAGGUGCAUGGGAAGCUAUUGAAUGUGUUUUGUGAGACCUCACAUUACAUCACUUGAAGCAUGGGAGCAUUUGUGCUUUGUUAAGUGCUGAAAACACACAAUUAAUAUGUGGUAGUUUUAAUUUUGCUUCUGUAGAUGAAUUGAGCUGAGUUAUUGGAGUGCCUGGCUAUUAUGCCUGAAUGGGUGAAACUUUUUUUUUUCAUUUUCUAUUCUGUAUUCUCCAUCUCCUGGAGAUGUUAAACUUGAACUAAUACUGUGCUGAGGUCCACAAGUCUACUGGGUACCUGGAAUAUUGAUCUAUUCCUAGCACCACUGUUUCAUUUAGCAUGCUUACACUCUGGGUGACUUCUUUUUGGGGGUUUUUAUUUUGUUUUUCAAUGCUGCACUGGAUUGUGGAAGGGAAAAUGCUUUACUAUGUGUUGCUGCCACUGAAA